AUGGAUACGGGAACAGAAGAUUAUUUGAAAAUCAAUAAUAAUAAUAGCACCUUGCAGGAAAACGCAGUGCCCAUCCUUCCUACUGAUACUAAGGUUGUGAAUACAAAGUACCAGGAUUUACUAAUGCCAGUUUGGGACGACGUAAUUUUGAUAGACCAACGUUUUGAUAAGAUCACAAGUAACAAAAAUUCUAUUCUAUUUUUUGAAAUUCUGGAUACAGCUGAAAGUAUUUAUGAGAACAAUAGCAGUAACCACGAAAUAUCUGCAGAAAGAAGUAUUCAUUCUUUCAUGGUUGCAUGGGCUUUCCUGCGGCUGAGAAAUUCCAAUGGUGAGUUAAAUACAGGUCACAAAAAACAACGCUUACAAUUGUAUGAACCGAUCAUAAAGAAGUCUUUAAAUUCAAUAGAGAAAAAACUUGGUAGUUUACCACUAGGAAAAGUGUCAACUUUAAGUGCUUUGCAGAAGAGUCAACUGAUGAAAAAUAACUGUCCUAACAUCUUAGAAUAUAAUUCAAUGGAAUCGGGUUAUCAUUUAUUAUCCUGUUGGAAAUCUGGUAACCGAUAUAGAGUACCGUAUCCCUCGUCACUCUAUGUGACUGUAAAAGCAGUGUUUAAAACCGAACGGAUGAAAAAUCAAAUGCAUGAAAAAUCACUUCAUAAAAUGACUAAACUAUCUGAACAGCCGCCUGCACUAAGUAUGAUCGAUCUGAAUGAGUCAGGUGUGCCAAUUAUCAACAGCAUAUCAGACAAUGAUGAAGAUGCCACGAAUGUUAUGAACACUGAAAUAAGUGAACUGAUGGAACUGCAAAAUUCUUGGCUUCGACGGUCGAGCCAGCCAUGUCGUAUUCCAAAUAAACUUGUUGGCUAUGGAAUUACAACGCAUAUGCAUUUGAAUAGUGAUAAUAAUGAUUUAUCAACAGACAGAACAUCAAAAAAUCAGAAUCUUCUACCAAUGACAAAAUCUUAUGGUGCUCAGUGUUUAUCAUUUUCACCAGAUGGUAAAUGGUUGGCGGCCGGAGUUAUACGACACUUCAUGCCAAGUGGUACAACUGGAUAUUAUUCAGAUAAUAAAUUAAACAGAAUGGAUUGUUCUAUUUUAAUUUAUAAGUUCCCAUUUAGUGGUAAACGCAGUCAGCCAACUUUAGAACUUGCUGGGCAUUCAGAUAUAAUCUAUUCUCUAGAUUGGGCAAAGACUCCUAUAUUCCAAAAUUCAAAUAACAGAUCUGAUGAAACAUCUCCAAGAAAAAUUUCUGGUGAUACAAAAGUAUUCUGGAUUCUGGCGUCUGGUUCAGCUGAUGGAACUGUACGCGUAUGGAGAUUACAUCUUACUAAAUUAUACAGGAAAACAGUUGGUGAAUAUAUUCCGGUUUCGUAUUCAGACACUAAAACCAAUCGUGAAUUAAUUUCAACUCCAAUUCAAUGUAGUAUUCAAACCUACGUCUACAGAACUAGAUGGACAAGAAUCUCAAAAUAUUCAAACUUUUUGAAUUCUGCACAUCUGCUCGCAACAGGAUGCUACGAUCGAAAUAUUCGACUGUGGAGCAUUAAACACAGUCAAGCUCAGUUGUUACAAGAACUGAAUGGUGUACAUAAAUCACAUAUAAACAGUUUAACAUUUGAUAAAAAUGGAUCCCAUAUAUAUUCCGGUGAUGCAUCUGGUCUAAUUGUUGUCUGGCAAAAGACAAACAGUCAACGCAAUCAGGUUAAAUCUCAUUCGAAGUGGAUAUUUGAAAAGAAGAUUGAAGUUCGGGAACUAGAGAUGUGUGUAAUCAAUCACUUGGAGUUUCAUCCAACUAUGAAUUUAUUACUGGUACACACACGAGAUAACUGUCUUAAAAUGCUUGAUUUACGAUCAGAUUUCAUUACGACGCGAUUUCAUGGAGCUUUGAAUAAUACAGAAUUAUUGCGUAGUUGUAUUUCACCUUGUGGUACAUUCCUUUUCUCUGGGUCUGAAGAUGAAAACGUCUACGUUUGGAAUGUGAAUACAGGUGAUCAGGUGGAAAUUUACGAGAAUCUUUUGUUGCCUGGCUCUGUAACGUCUAUAAGUUAUCAUCCAACAGGUAAUGUUAUAGCAUUUUCAGCUGUUGGACCAGAUUCCCCAGUUAUUGUAUAUGCAUAUGAUAUUAAAGCAAGUAAACUAUCACAGCCCAGAUCAAAUGACGAGAUAUUUCAAAUACAAGGAGAGUAUGUAGACAGUACUGAAGCACCACCAGACAUUCUAACAUCUCAUGUCAAGUUUAAACAACGUAGUGCAGAGAGAAUUUUACUUGCAAUGUCUAAAUUGGAAAGCGUUCUGAAUUUUUCGAAACCUUUGACAUACAGUUUUGACAAUCAGAAUAAUUUACAUGAGUUGGAAUGGAGACCAACAUACACUGUAAUCGAUGAGACUUCUAAUCAACGGAAUUUGGCGAAAACUUUCGAUUCAACAUUUGCUUCUCCAUCACAACUGCACACGUUGGGAGGGAAAGCAAAUCAAUUCACGGUUUUAUACGAUUAUCAAGCUCAGAGAUCUGAUGAACUGAAUCUUAAUCGUGGUGAUAUUGUGAAAAUAUUGUAUAAAGAUACCCCUAAAUGGUGGAUGGCAAAGUUGCUUCGUACUGGUCAGGAAGGAUUUAUACCUGCCAAUUAUGUGUCAGAAUUUUCUGGUGAAGUAAACGCUAGUAGCCGCCAAAUAGCACCAAUAAAUACAGAAAAGCCGUCUAAUGUAUUGAGAACCAAUUUAAAUUCACAGUCACAAUUCCCUAGUGAAAAAAUAAACCGGUCUGAAAUGGUGCAAAACAACAACCUUCCAUCAAGAUAUUUCAACAAAGCUGACGGCAGUAACUACGAUUCGGUGGAUUCCCAAACGAAACCACGUACAAGCGACAACUCAAAUGAACAAUCCAAUGCAAAUAAUCUAGUUUUAAUGAAAAAACGUAAAAGUUCUGCAAGACCCUUACCUACAUUGAGUUAA